CAGACGUCGUUCCCGUCGGGGGCGUUGGGGCGGUCCCGGCCGCCGGGGGCCCGGAGAAGGAAGGGCGGCGCAGGGAAGGGCGGCGACUGCCCCGGCCCGACCCCGGCCCGCACCGCCGGGCCGUCCCCACGCCGUCGGGGCGGGGCCUGAAGCCGGGUCCUGGGGAGGAGGGCGCUGUGGACGGACUCGGGCCCCGGCCGACCCGUUUCCUCUCCGACGCGGCCGCUACUGUUCCGCGCUCCCCGGGCGCAGACAGUCACCUCGCAGGGCUCCACGGGACCGAGUGAGCGGUGGCCGCGCAGGGGCGUGUCCUCCCGCAGACGGAUGGAGGGAACCGGCGCCGGGGCUGCUGCGGCCCCGGACGGCAGCGCCGCCUCGGAGAGCUGCGCCACGGGGGAGAGCAGCGCCGCGCCUGCGGGGAGCCCGCCGGCCUCGCCCUCCACAGACAGUCCCGGGAGGGUGCCGGGGGCCCUCUUCUCCUCCCUGCCAGUCCUGGACCUGAGUCAAAACGGACUUCAGCACCUGGGAGACGUCCUCAAAAUUCCCACCCUUAAACAACUGCACCUCCAGAGAAACGCCUUGCGUGCCAUCCCCCCGGACUUCUUCCAGCUGCUGCCAAGCCUCACCUGGCUGGACCUGCGGCACAACAGGAUCGAGGCGCUGCCCCCUGGGGUGGGCUCGCACAGGUAUUUGAAGACGUUGCUCCUAGAAAGGAAUCCCAUCAAGAUGUUACCUGUGGAGCUGGGCAACGUGAGGACACUGCGGGCCCUGAACCUGAGGUGCUGCCCCGUGGAGUUCCCGCCCCAGCUCGUGGUGCAGAAGGGCCCGGCCGCCAUCCUGAGCUUCCUGCGCGCCUGCGCCACGGAGCCGGCGCCUCGAGCGCCCCCGCCCCCUGAAAAGACGGCCCCAAGCCAGAGCCAGAGCCAGAGCCAGCCGCCGCAUCCCCGCUGGGACUCGCCCAAAGAGCACGCACCCAACAGAGAGACCACAGACUCCCAGGAGCCGGAGGGGGCUGGGCUCCCGGAAGCUGCGGAGCUGAGCGAGCCCCGGAGGUGCGCCCGGUCUGGCGAAGACUGGCCGACGGAGGAGGAGCUCAGGCGCUUCUGGAAGCUGCGGCAGGAGAUCGUGGAGAAGGAGCAGGCGGAGGUCCUGGAAAACCAGCUCCUGGCGGUCGAGCUGCCCCCGAACCUGCGGGCCAUGCUGCGCGGCGGCCGGGAGGAAGCGCGCCCCGGCCCUCGGCCGGCCCUCAGAAGGACGGCGCCCUCCUUCCGGGGCGCCCUGCCCGGCCCGGCCUCGGCGUACCUGGCGGCGAGCUGGGCGGGGCGGCUGGAGGAGAGGCGGGCCUCGGCGCUGCGGGAGCUGCAGGAGAAGCAGGCGCUGAUGGAGCAGCGCAGGAGAGACCAGCGGGUCCUGCAGCGGUGGCGGGAGCAGGCCCAGGCGCUGAGGAGGAAGGAGGAGCUCGGCCGGCUGCGGCCUCCCCGGCGGACGCUGGUGGCAUCCGAGGGGCCCUUCGCCGCAGAUCUGCCGGACAAGGCGAGAGCGCCGGCGCACCCGCCUGGACAGAGGGCGCAGGGCAAGGAGAGGCCCCUGCGAGGCGGCGACACGCUGAGAGCCGGCCACCAGGGGGCGCUGGAGGACAGGCUGAGACGGCACCUCUGGCAGGUGCGGGAGCAGCGAGCGGUGUUCGGAGGGCCGGCGCCGCUGGGGGCCAUCCGGAAGGCUGCCGAGGACCCGGAAAUCGCCAGGAAGCUCCAGGACGAGGCGGUGAAGCAGAACCCGGGGCCGCCGUGAGCAGCCGCCGUGAGCGCCCGGCCCUCCCCGGGGACCUUCCACCGCGCCCACCGGCCGCACGGCCUCAGGACGUAUUUUCUAACACG